UAUAACCUACGAAACGAACAUUUUGUAAAUAAUCAUGGAUUUUUUGAAUUGCUCCGUGCAGCAAUGGCUAGACAACGAAACGGAAUAUCUGAAAAUUAUACGGCGAGACGAAAAUUGGGACCAAAUACCGUUAUUCAAUGCCAACGAGCAGCAUAGUUUUAAGGACGGAGCUCUUGUACGAUUCAGAGGAAUGGUACAAGAUAUGCAUGGUCCCGAAUAUUAUUUAGAAAAAUUCGAGGUCGUCCAUGAGACCGAGGGUAAAAAAUACUUAAAAAGUGGCAAGUAUUGCGACUUUGCCAUUUCGGGCGAGAACGAGGAAGUUAAUUUAGAUAGCAACAGGAAUGUUACCAGCGAACGACAAAAGUACGUUGUAAUAUCUACACCCGGGAUUAACGAGUGGGUCGAACAUUUGGAAUAUCAAAAGUACGUCAUAAAAAGUCCGGAAAUUGAUUCAAGCAGCUUUAAAAAGAGACCACUUGAGGAUGAUGAUAUGGAAACUGAUGAAACGACGUCCAAUGUCAACGAGUGCCCGAAGAAAUCGUCAUUGGGCAAGCAACCCACGGAUAAUUCUGUAGCCAUAUCACAGGAGCACGUUUUAAAUUUUCCGAUACCCGGUUCUAGAGGAAAAACCUGCCAUGUAAGGUUAUACAGUGAUUCGGAAAAUGUAAAGUUAAACGACGUGUUUGAAUUUGCCGGUUUUUUGAGCAUGAAUCCUUUUAUUGAGUCAAUAUAUGACAGGGAUGAUAUCGAAAAUCAAAUGGAGAUUCAAACGCAUCACCCGCCAUCUUCUUUAGUUCCGAGCAUCCACGCCGUCCAUUUCCGCAAGAUGUUGCACAACAAUCCCUUAGUAACUAAUCAGGCGAGCCUCGAUUCUUCACAAAUGAACCUUAUCAAGAAAAACUUGUUAGUAGUACUUAGCCAAUUACUGAUGGGCGAUACCCUUGCGGCAGAAUAUUUGAUUUGUCAUUUGAUAUCUGAAAUAUAUUCAAGGAGGCAUUGCAUGCCGCUGGGAAAAUUCACCUUGAAUAUUUCGCAGGUGCCUGUGUUUCAACAUAAUAAUUAUGUCCCUGAGGUGUAUACAUUUUUAGAAAUGUUGGUCCCCAAGAGUCUGUAUUUGGCCAUGACCUUGGAAAAUAUGAACAAUCUUUCCUUCAUUCCCAAGAAAGAUUAUGAAUGCAACAGAUUAACUAGCGGCCUCUUGCAGUUAAGCAAAAACACCAUGGUUGUUUUAGAUGAGACUAAAUUAAUGGAAGGCAAGCUGAAUGCGAGCGGUAUCCACAGCGUCAAAGCUAUCGCCGAGGCUAUUAAGAACCAAAGGGUCAUCUAUGAUUUCAACUUCUAUCCUUUGGAGUAUGAUUGCGACAUCCCGUUUUUGAUUUUCUCUGAAGGAAAAUCGAUGCUACCUUGUGAUUACCAGAUCGUUCUAACACCGGAAGAGUCGUGUUUAAACACGUUCCCUGAGAUCUUGGAAGCGGCCCGACAUUUCUUGAAACCAGACGUGCUAAACGACAUAAGGACUUACCUGACGCGAGCUCGCCUCGCCGAAUACGAAAUUUCCGGCGGCGUUGAGGAACUGAUACAAGAGGAGUUCGUGCAAAUGAGACAAGAGGGGGCGGUGACGGCGGACGAUCUGCACCACCUUUUGGUUUUGGCCCGCCUAAUUUGCCUAUCCGAAGGUAAAAACACGUUGGACAACGAGUGUUGGAAGAAAGCCUGCCAGUUGGAGAAACUCAGAAAGAGUCGACUCAAGAAAUAGACCAUUCAUUGCAAGUUUUUGUAUUUUGUUAAAUAAAU